GGGAUCUCGUUGCCCUUGCCUGUGGCACGGAGGCAAAUCCCAUGCUGUCCUUGUCCUUCCUCGCCCAGAGCAGGAGCUGAGCAUGGAGAGCAGGGAGGACAAAUGCCCGCGGCAGAACCUGGUGGCAGAGGCCGUUUUGAGCGGCUCCACGGCGCAGGAAGCCAACGGGGAGGAAAAGCCCCGGAGAUGCCGCACGAGGAGGGGCUGCAAACGCAGAUGGCGGGGAUGUGAGGGGGAAAGAGGCAGCCAGGGCCGGGAAGGCAGCCGGAGAUGGAGCCAGAGCUCGGAGCUGGUGCUCCAUGAGCAGCUUCAUGAUGGGGAGAAGCCCCACACGUGCGUGGAGUGUGGGAAGAGCUUCAGGUGGAACUCUGAUCUGAUCAAGCACCAGAGGACCAACACUGGGGAGAAGCCGUACGAGUCUGGGCAGUGUGGGAAGAGCUUCUCCAGCUGCUCUCACUUCACCCAACACCAAGGGAGGCACCGGUAA